CUGUCACCACAAGGGGUGUCCAGGACACAUUACGAACGUGAAGCUUCAGUAACCAAACUGUACAGGGUAGUCUUGCAGUUUAGCUCUGAGUGAUUCUGUGAAAUUAGAGGAGAGAUCCUUGCAGCUGCUCUUCAGGGAUUGCUGUUUUUAGGGGGGAAGGAGCAGAUCUUGUGUUCUUCCUGUGUGUAUAUAUACACACACACAGGAGACGAUGCAGAGUGCAUUUGGCUGAGCUAUUGGCUACACGGAAGCACUGAGAGGCAGGCAGAGAGCAAGAAACAGAAGGAGAGAAGAGGAAGCGGGAACAGGACUGAAGUGCAGAGCAGCUGUGCUCAUUUCUGAAUACUCUGGCACUUCAGGGUGCCUCAGUCAAUGAGGACAUGGAUUCUUUUGCUCAAAUCUUCUUCAAGCUGCUCUUUCUGGUUCCUCUUCAUCACUGGAAUAUAUUAGCAGCAGGAAACAAAUAUAAUUGUGAUGAUCAGCUGGUGUCUGCCUUGCCUCAAUCAUCAUUCAGCAGUUCAUCAGAGCUGUCCAGUAGUCACAGCCCAGGGUUUGCAAGGCUUAAUCGAAGAGAUGGUGCUGGUGGCUGGACUCCACUCAUCUCAAAUAAAUAUCAAUGGCUUCAAAUUGAUCUUGGUGAAAGAACUGAAAUUACCGCUGUUGCUACCCAAGGUGGAUAUGGGAGCUCCGACUGGGUAACAAGCUACCUCCUGAUGUUUAGUGACAGUGGAAGGAACUGGAAACAAUACAGCCAAGAAGAAAGCAUUUGGGCUUUUUCAGGCAACACCAAUGCAGACAAUGUGGUAUAUUAUAAACUCCAACAUUCCAUCAAAGCAAGAUUUUUGCGGUUUGUGCCAUUGGAUUGGAAUCAAAAUGGCCGGAUUGGCAUGCGAAUUGAGGCUUAUGGCUGCACUUACAGGUCUGAGGUGGCAGAUUUUGAUGGAAAGAGUUUCCUGCUUUACAGAUUUAACCCCAAAUCCACGACGGCACUAAAAGAUGUAAUUUCUCUGAAGUUCAAAACUAUCCAGAGAGAUGGAAUUCUGCUUCACAGAGAAGGACAGAAUGGAGAUCACAUCACAUUGGCACUAGCUAAUGGAAAGCUUUCUUUACUCAUCAACAUAGGUGAUGCUAAAAUAUAUUCUACUGAUGCCCAGAUUAAUAUCACUCUGGGUAGCCUUUUGGAUGAUCAGCAUUGGCAUUCAGUCCUCAUUGAACAUUUCAAUAAUCAAGUGAACUUUACAGUUGAUAAACACACUCACCAUUUUCAUGCAAAGGGAGAAUUCAAUUAUUUGGACCUUGAUUACGAGCUCAGCUUUGGAGGGAUUCCAGUGCCUGGAAAGUCAGGGUUAAUACCAUGGAAAAACUUUCAUGGAUGUUUUGAAAACCUUUAUUACAAUGGUGUGAACAUUAUUGAUUUGGUCAAGAGACAGAAACCACAAAUCAACAUUAUGGGCAAUAUAUCUUUUUCCUGUUCAGAGCCUCCAAUUGUUCCUGUCACAUUUUUGAAUCCCAACAGCUAUCUAGCAUUGCCAGGUAUAUCAGGGCAAGAUGAAAUUUCUAUCAGCUUUCAGUUUCGGACCUGGAACAAUGAAGGGCUCUUGCUGUCAAGUAAAUUACACCAGACUUCAGGUGGCCUCCUCAUGUAUCUGAGUGAUGGGAAAGUUAAAGUAAGCUUCUACAAACCAGGAAAGGUACAGAGUGACCUCACUGCAGGUGCUGAGUUGCAUAACGGACAGUGGCAUUCUGUUUCUUUGUUUGCUAAAAAGAACCGUGUAAGCUUGGUGUUAGAUAAUGAUGUAACUUCUUCCUCUCAUGCCUCAAUACCCAUGCAGAUGGUUUCAGGAGACACUUAUUACUUUGGAGGGUGUCCUGUUCACGUCAACAGCUCAGAAUGUAAGAAUCCAUUUGGAAGUUUCUUUGGGUGUAUGAAACAAAUUUCAGUUGAUAACAGUGAAGUGGAUUUAAUUUCUGUUCAACAAAACUCAAUGGGAAACUUCAGUGACCUUCAGAUAGAUCUCUGUGGCAUUGUAGAUAGAUGUCUACCCAAUUACUGUGAACAUGGUGGUGAAUGUUCUCAGUCCUGGAAUAAUUUCUAUUGCAACUGUGCGAAUACAGGCUACAUGGGAGCUACGUGUCAUUAUUCUAUUUAUGAGCAAUCGUGUGAAGCCUAUAAGCACAGAGGGAACACUUCAGGUUUUUACUAUAUCGAUUCAGAUGGGAGUGGCCCCUUGGGACCAUUUCUUGUAUACUGCAAUAUGACAGACACCACUUGGACAAUUAUUCAGCACAACAACACUGAGUUAAGCAGAGUCAAAAAUGCUAAUCGAGAGAACCCCCAUACUGUGUUUUUUAAAUAUCCGGCCAUGCUGGAACAGCUUCAGGCUACAAUUAACCAUGCAGAACACUGUGAACAAGAGCUUGCUUACUACUGCAAAAAGUCACGGCUUUCAAAUAAGCAAGAUGGAAUUCCAUUCAGCUGGUGGAUUGGUAAAGUCAAUGAGACCCAGACUUACUGGGGAGGUUCCAAACCAGAUGUUCAGAAAUGUGCUUGUGGAGUACAAGGCAGCUGCAUUGAUUCCCAACAUGACUGUAACUGUGAUGCUGACAGAAAUGAAUGGACAAAUGACACAGGUGUCCUCACUUAUAAAGAACACUUGCCUGUAACAAAGAUUUUCAUCACAGAUACAGAUCGACCAAAUUCUGAAGCUGCUUACAAACUUGGACCUUUACUUUGCCAGGGUGAUCGAGAGUUUUGGAAUGCUGCUUCCUUCAACACUGAAGCCUCAUAUCUUCAUUUCCCCACAUUUCAUGGAGAACUUAGUGCAGAUGUGUCUUUUUUCUUUAAGACCACAGCUUCCUCAGGCGUGUUUUUAGAAAAUCUGGGAAUUAAAGACUUCAUAAGGAUAGAACUGCAUUCACCAACUGAAGUGAUGCUCUCAUUUGAUGUGGGGAAUGGGGCAAAUGAAAUCAUAGUGCAGUCACCCACUCCUUUAAAUGACAACCAGUGGCACUAUGUGAAGGCUGAAAGAAACAUCAAAGAAGCAUCAUUGCAAGUAGAUCAGCUCCCUCAAAAGAUUCAUACAGCUCCAUCUGAUGGGCAUAUUCGUUUGCAACUCAAUAGUCAGCUAUUUGUUGGUGGGACAGCAUCCAGGCAGAAAGGAUUUCUGGGCUGUAUUCGUUCUUUACAAUUAAAUGGCGGAGCAAUUGACCUGGAAGAAAGAGCAAAUGUGACCCCAGGUGUAAAACCGGGUUGUCCUGGACACUGUAGCAGCUAUGGUAACAUGUGUCACAAUGGAGGGAAAUGCAAGGAGAAAUACAAUGGAUUCUCUUGUGACUGCACUUUCUCUGCAUAUACAGGGCCAUUCUGUAAGAAAGAAAUCUCUGCAUAUUUUGGAGCUGGCUCUUCAGUGACGUACAACUUCCAAGAAACCUACAGCUUAGCCAAAAACUCCAGUUCUCAUGCUGCCUCCUUCCAUCCUGACAUGACCUUGACAAGAGAAACUAUUGCAUUUACUUUUCGAACAACACGGAUUCCAAGCUUGCUUCUUUAUGUGAACUCUUUCUACAAGGAGUACCUUUCAGUUAUUCUUGCAAAAAAUGGAAGUUUACAAAUAAGAUACAAGCUAGAUAGUCAUCAAGAUCCUGAUAUCUUUAGCAUCAAUUUCAGAAGCAUGGCUGAUGGACAGCUUCACCAUAUGAAGAUUAGCAGAGAGGAAGAAAAACUAUUUGUGGAGCUUAACCAAAAUGAAAAGAUGAAGUUCUUUCUGUCUUCAGACACGCAGUUCAAUUCAGUCAAAUCACUCAUACUUGGCAAAAUCUUAGGAGAGACUAGUGAUGUAGACCCAGAUACCUUGAAGGCUAACUCUCAGGGGUUUAUUGGAUGCCUCUCUUCUGUGCAAUUCAACCAUGUUGCUCCUUUGAAGGCAGCACUGCAUCAUUCCAACUCGUUUCCAGUUACAGUGAAAGGGCAUUUCAUUGAAUCCAACUGUGGCACUUUAACAGGGGCUGAUUCAACAUCAAGUGAAACAACCCAUUCACUUGCAGAUCAUUCGGGACCAAUAGAUGAGGGAGAACCUUUAGCUAAUGCAAUAAGGAGUGACUCUGCAAUUAUUGGAGGUGUGAUAGCUGUUGUGAUAUUCAUUCUGCUGUGCAUUGCUGCCAUAGCUGUAAGGAUUCAUAAAAAGAAAAGUGCAUAUAAAAAAAAGGAGGUGAAAGGAUCGGAAAAGGAGGAUAGUGCCGAGACUGCCCUGAAGAAUGAGCUCAACAUGCAAAACACUGUCAAUGAAAAUCAAAAGGAGUACUUCUUCUGAUUCACCUGUACAAUUUAGCUUAAUAAUAAUGAUGUGACAGUCUGACUUUCUUGCUAAGCCAGGGCUCUCAAUGGACACAAUUUUAAGAAAAGAUAACAAAGAAAAAUGAGGAUAAUAGAGAAGCUUUUGCACUCGAAGAACAUGCAGAAUGGAAAUGAAACUGGUGAUACUGCAUAUGUUCAGUCUCGUUGAUUACUAUGGGAGGCCUCUUUAAAUGACAUGCAUUCUUUAGCUAUUAUGACAUAAAUGCAUUUUAUGUAACAGUGAAUUAGAUAUUGUAACCAAUUUCAUUGUUGGUAGUUUUCAGCUGUUCUGCUGUAACUUUCUAGAAUGGAAGUUUAAUGUGCAUACUGAACAUGGGUUUUCAAUCGGAAAUUUUAUCCAGUUUUCUCUUCCUCUCCCCCCACAGUCCUUUACAAUUCUACUCUACAGAGAUCUAUUUUUCAGGAAUAUCAUUAAAAUGGGUUCUAAUACUUUCCCUCUAAAUUCUCGAGCUGCAACACAAAGCAGAACUAAGUGUACUUAAGACUUUUCAAUUAAUAUACUUAGGUGUACUUUGCUCUGUAUUAGAUGCUGACCAUGACAGAACACUUUUAUAGUGAUUACUUCAAAUAACUGCAAUUGCAAGUACUGUUUCCACUAAUUGAUGGUCAACUUCAGUUUUUGUUGUUAUAAAAACAACAUAUUCCA